AGUUUGUGUACUAGUUUGGAGAUUCAUAAUUCUUCCUGUUAUGGGUCAAUUAUAUAAAAUUUGAGAGAUGUAUGGGUUUAGUUGGAAAAUGAGUAUAGGGAUAAGAAGUGAGAGAAAGCAGUAGAUAAGGUUGGAUUGCAGUUUCUUGUAUUUUCCUAGUUGGUGCUAUCUACUCAUGAUUCUCCAUAGCCAAUAUAGAUAAAAAGAAGGGAAAGCCUUAGCACAGUAAUUAUUUUGUACUAAGAAUGUUAGGUUCAACAGGUGUGAGUGUAGGUUCAUUAGGCAGUUGUAUAGUGAAUGUGCCAACCCAUAAACCGACCUUGUCGCUGCCAUUGUUGGCAUCACCAAAUAAUAGUAUAGUGAAACCUUGUAUUGGAAAUAGCUGGAAAUUACGUACACCCAUGAAGACUGCCGUUGCUGCUGUUGAUUCCUCUCAACCUGCUGAAAAGAAAUUAAAAGGCUUGUCAUAUCUAUUAUAGCUAUAUUCUAAUCCCACAACAAUCUAGCGAAGGAGAGGUAGCAAAUGUCGCUUUUAGGUAAGUCCUUUUAUAUGUUUCAAGCCUUAUCUUUUGUGUUCUUCGUUCAUAUUUUUCAACAGAAAGGAGUGAACUUAAAUACACUAGCAUGACUAUCGAUAUAAUUUAACUAGUUCCGGUAAGUCACUAAUGGAAAAUGUCCACGAUCCUUUCCUUCUUUGAUCAAAAGUCAAAACUGAGCUGAUUUGAUGCCAUGAUGUGGAAGUUAAUUCCCCAUGUGCCACGGAAUGGGUUUCCAUGUAUCUGAAAUAAUAUCAAGUUACGAACUUACAAUAACCAUAUCAUGAAUGGAGCAGGAUUGCAUUUAACUGUUUUCCGGUAAAAAUCACAAUUGAAGGUUGAGUGUUCUAUGUUAUCUUAAGGCGUGGAUCAUUUUUUUUUUGAAUGAAGGCAAAAACUUCAAACAACUCCUUUGUAGGUAAGUUAUGUAGCAAAUGCCAUUCUUUUUCAUGUUCACAUUUCAUUGAUAUGUUGACUGGCGAGUAUAUAUCCUGACCUAUCAGUUUUUGUUCCAAUUAAUGUUGAAAUUUUGUUAUAUAUACAGCAAGAGACAGAAAGGAAGACAUUAUUUUCUUGUAGCAAAUGCGAAAUUCAUGCUGGAUGAAGAGGAGCAUUUCCAGGAGCAAUUGUUUGAACGUCUUCGUCUGUAUGAAGAACGCAACAAAGAGCAGGAUUUCUGGCUUGUGAUUGAGCCAAAAUUCUUGGAUAAAUUCCCUAAUAUUACCAAGAGAUUGAAGAGACCUGCAGUAGCUCUUGUCUCAACAAAUCGCCCGUGGAUCAGGUUCAUGAAGUUGAGACUGGACAGAGUUUUACAGGAGAACUAUGAAGCUGACAGUGUAGAAGAAGCUUUGGCAUGUACUUCGAUUAGUCUUGAGUUUGAAAAGCCAGAGAAGUGGGUAGCUCCAUACCCAAAGUAUGAAUCCGGGUGGUGGACACCUUUCUUACCCCCUGGAUCAAAGGUGUGAAUAGCAGUCCUUCUUACUCAAUUUUGGGAUGUCCUGUGUGGUUAACGAAGUAGGUCAUACUCUGCCUCUUUGUUAGGCAGGCAUGACAUUUAAUUUCACAAGUAUGUGAAAAGAUGAACUGUGAAGCACAGAUGUAGGCUCUAGGUAAAGGUAUAUCUAGCUUAUUGGCGAAAUAUUAUAUGACCAUUUCCUGGUUGUUGAUGCUCAAAACCUGAUUAUGAGAUCAAGGAAGUAAUUGACGAAGAACGGAACUACCUGUUAUGCUGUUAUUAGUGAAAGAUGGUCCUUCGCUUAGCAGAAAAAAUAAUGUUGUAGUAGUUCAACGCUAAGUUUAAAUGUACCUCUAUAUGUACAGGCUGACAUGAAGCCAAAAUUCUUAUGCCUCAAUCUUCAAAAAUGGUGCAUGUUGCUCAGCGCAAAAAGAUAAUGUUGUAGUAGUUUGUCAA